UGGCAGGCGAAAGUGUUUGAGCUCGAAGGUAUGAUUGCCGAUCGAGAUCGUGCAAUCCGAGCGCAGCAGCAGUGCAUCAGCAAACUGAAGCAGUCGCUUGUUGAAGUAACCGAAACAGGGUCUGGCGACGACUCAUUGCUGCUGCUUGACUCGCAAACCAAAACUGACUCAUCCUCACCUGCACACAUAAAGCGCCUUCUGCUCCAGUAUCUCACCAGCUGCGAUGAGGAGUGUAUGCAACUUUUACCGACAGUAUCAAGUGCACUUCAUCUCUCCGAUGAAGAGGAACGUGAAGUCUGGGCCAGCUUAAGAAGCAAACUUCAUAUUUCCUGA